UAAUGUUUUUUUUUCAAUUUUUUAUGAUUUUCAAGUGCUUUUUCAGCUAAAUUUUAAAAACUUUAAUAGAACUUAGAUUUCUUAAUUAUUCAAAAAUUUUUCAAAACAUCUAAAAAUUGUAUGUACUUAUCCAAGUGUCUAAAAUUUUGAUUACCUCAUGCUCCUUUGAUAUAGCUGGGUAUCAUUCAAACCUGAAGCUGGUAGUACAAAAAAUUUCCUCGUUGAAAAACUGACCAUCUCAAAGUCACAAACUCAUAUAAUUACGUAGAUUAUUUUAUCAUUUAUAUGCUAUCAGAAUUCGUCCAAUUGUAAGAUACGCAGGCACAUGAAAAAUUUUAAGAUUGUUGAUAGAAGCAAAUAUUCAAUGGUACAACUUGGCAUCUUUUAUACGUAUUUCAUUCAAGGUCUAUAUUUUCAGACUUCAGACCUACUCGAGUAGGUCUAAUUUUUAAUGUCGAAUUUUUAAAAUUUUCCGAUUUGUGACAAUAUGCCAGAAAUUAUGUUUUCGUUUUUUUAAUAAGUUAUCAUGUAUUAGUAUCAUGGUUCAAAUAUGGAUUUGGAUUUUUCUAACGAAUAUUUUUAUAAUUAAUGUUGUUGUAUGCUUUGAACCAACAUUCAUGCAAUCCACCACUUGUAAACAAACAAAUGUGAAUCAAAUGAGGAAAAAAGUAGCUAUCGUCACCGGUGGAAAUAAGGGUAUUGGAUAUGCGAUUGUCAAAGGCCUAUGUAAGGAUUUCCCCGGUGAUGUGUACUUGACAGCUCGAAAUGAAGAACUAGGUUUAGCUUCGAUUAAAAUGUUGAACGACCUCGGUUUCAAUCCAAAAUUUCAUCAACUUGAUGUCACAGACGAACGAAGUAUCAUCACAUUGAGAGAUCAUAUUUUAGAACAAUAUGGUGGUUUAGACGUAUUGGUAAAUAAUGCUGGCGUUGGACGAGAGAAUGAUCUCGAAGAUCCAUCUUUUGCAAUUGAAACCAUUCAAGUCAAUUAUUUCGGAGUGAGAAAAACGUGUGACGUUUUAUUUCCCAUACUUAGAUCCCAUGCCAGAGUUGUGAAUCUUUCGAGUAAAUUGGGCUUUUUAUUCAACAUACCAUCGGAAUCAUUACGCGAAAAACUAGCAUCAAAAUCAUUAACCGGAGAUGAAUUGGACGAAUUGAUGAGAAAAUUCAUCAAAUCUAUCGAUCAAAAUGAUACAGAAUUAUCGUCAAAAUGGGGAAAAUCAGCUUACGCUGUAUCGAAAGCCGGCGUUUCUGCUUUAACUAGAAUUCAACAAAGAGAAUUUCUCAAUAAUGAUGAACGCGUCGAUAUUGUAGUAAAUUCCGUACAUCCAGGAUAUGUUGAUACAGAUAUGACAAGGCAUAAAGGAUCAUUGACUACUGAAGAAGGUGCUGUCGCUCCGUUAUAUGCUGCUUCACUUCCGAAAAAUGUCACCCAACCGAAAGGAGCUUUUAUCUGGAAGAAUAAAGAUGUCGUCGAUUGGAGUGAUCCUGUCAAGGAAAGAUUAUAUUUCUCGUCUGAUCUCCACUCCAAGAAAAAUCAGAAAUAGAUCUACUGCAACCUAGAAAAGAAAAUCAACUUAGGGUGCCUAUUAUUAUUUAUAGACGCAUAGGAAAAGAAAUUUUUUUGUUCUAUUCCAACCUCUUAAAAUUGUUAGUUUAUUACAAACCCCCCCCCCCCAAUUACCCUUAUGCUUUUUGAUCUUUGAAUGUUGUACUUCGUUUUUUUAAAUAAGCUAGUAGGUAUACUUUCUAAGCAUCUUACAUCACUGACUUGUUUCAGAGAAGUUUUAUGCAAUUUUCGCUCAACUUUGUCAAAUUUUCCUGAAAUUUGGUUAAAAAUCUUUUUUUGCAAUUGUCGAAAAUUUUAUUAUAUUUUUAUUUUCAAGUAGGAACCUAAUAUCAAUAAAACGAUAUGUAAAUCGAU